AUGGAUCUUGCAACCAUCGGAUCCCAGAAGAAACCGGCGACACACAGCGGCUAUGUGGGUUACGACGCCGACACGGUCAAAGUUCGUUUGCAUUCGAUUUGCUUCUCAGUGAAGAGUACCCUAUUUGUGUCAGCACUUGCCUCCACUCCUGGUGAUGUACUGAAAGCCUAUAUUCGCUCUGAGUGCCGAGAGCUGUCUCUGGUACCAAAUGAGCAGAUUCGCUUGCUCUACCGUGGCAUUGAGAUCUCUGAUGGAAUACCCUUGGCCGAGCAUGUGAGUUCUUGUGCUGAGCUGGACUUGCACUUCUUGGUGUUGGCCGAGAAUACCGGCAUCGAAUUGCUGCAGUGUGAUGGAGUUCCGUGCCCGAAGGUGCUGGCCGAAUGUUUGCAGGAGUGUGCGGAUGGAUUGCGGCAAGCCGAACCCUUGCUGACUGAGAGUGGUUGCGGCGGCGCUUACUUCCUCAGAGGCAAAGAGGAUGAACAGACCUUGGCCGUCUUCAAGCCGAAAGACGAGGAGGCCGGCGCUCCUCAAAACCCUCGCGGAUUUUGGGGCCACGAAAACUCCCGUUGCUACUUGCCUGCCGUCGCCUCGGCUCAGCGAGCUGUCCGUGAAGUGGCCGCCUACCUCCUGGACCAGUCAUCAGGAGGGCACGCACAGGUACCGAUGACCACCAUGGCCCGCUGCCGGCACCAAAGCUUUGUGCCGGCCAAGAUCAACGGGGAACCCUCAGUGGUUUGGAAACUGGGCGCCUUCCAGGCCUUUGUGGAGAAUGCCGAGACCUCUGAGAACUUUGGAUAUUCGGUGCACCUUGUGGAGGAUGUUCACCGCAUCGGCAUUCUGGAUGUUCGCAUGGUCAAUUUCGAUCGGAACCAUGGCAAUUUGCUGGUGCAAAGCGCUGAGACAGACUCCGGCAAGUCCAGGCGCUUGGUGCCCAUUGAUCAUGGCUGCUCCUUGCCAGAUCGCUUGGGCUUUUCGUUGCAGAAUGUAGUUUGGGCCUCCUGGCCACAGAGCAAGAAGCCAUUUGGCCGGGCAGAAUUAGAGUAUAUCGCGCAGCUUGAUGGUCAGGCCGAUGCGAAGAUGCUCGCAAAGACUCUGGGGCUUGAAAGGUCUUGUCUCCGACUGCUGGAAAUGACCACGCUGUGGCUUCAGCUUGCUGCAGCUGCAGGUUGCACUUUGUAUCAAAUUGCCGCAGCUCUUUUUCGUUCUGAUGAGGACAGGCCCAGUGUCAUCGAAGGCAUCAUCGCGAGCUGCGUGGCAUCUGCGGCCGCUGGCGUCCAAGGGCCUUCUCUUUCACGCUCUGUCACGCACUGCCCUUCAAGGAAAAGUGUGGAGCUCGGGACUGGUGGCAUCUUUGGCAAGGUGCAAUGGACAGCAGCCCUAGAGGAAACCUUUCGCCGCCAUUGUGAGGGGCAUUUCAAGCAGCUUCUUCGCUCUGAAGCGCAUAGAUAG